UAGCAUUAGCCUGUUAGCUGUGAUUUUCUGAUGGAUUAAGCUUUUAAUUCGUUUUAUUUGUCAGUUAAAACGCAGAAUUACGACACUUCACUUUCCUUCAACUGGACAUUUCUCUCUAUCAUCAGCUAGUCUUGUCUUCUAAACACUGACUUUAACUAACCUGGUUGUUUUAGCUAACUACACUAACUAGCUAACAUAGGCUAAGGAUAAAGCUAAUGCUAAUGCUAACGCUUGGCUAAGCUGUAGUGGCUGGUGUUAGCUAUCCAGUGUGUGUGUGAGCGCAGCGCAGCGCGAUGGCGGGGAACGUGCGCUCCUGGACGGUGAAGCAGGUGGGCCGCUGGCUGCGUGAUGAGGGUUUCAGCGACUACGUGGAGCUGCUGUGUAAUAAACACCGGCUGGACGGCACCAGCCUCCUGACGCUGACCGAGUUUGACCUGCGCUCGCCGCCGCUCGAGCUCAAAGUGCUCGGAGACAUCAAGAGGCUCAUGCUGUGUGUGCGCAAGCUGCAGAAACAAAACGCCGACGUGCUGGAGGAGCUCGGCUUCGCUCACGACACACACUCACCACAGGGGGGCGCAGGGGUGGAGUGGCUGUGUAACGGGGACUCGGUGCGGGACCGGGACAGCGUGAGCGAUGUUCUCGGAGGUGAACAGUUCUCCUACAGUAACGGGAAGCAGAAGCAGCAGAACCGGCGUCUGGACCCGGAGUACUGGAAAACGGCGCUCAGCUCCGUCUACGUCACGCUCGUCUUCGGCUUCACCUCCUUCGUCAUGGUGAUCGUUCACGAGCGCGUACCCGACAUGCGCACCUACCCUCCGCUGCCCGACAUCUUCCUGGACAGUGUACCCAGAAUCCCCUGGGCCUUCGCCAUGGCCGAGGCGUGUGGAGUCGUCCUGUGUAGCGUCUGGCUAAUCGUACUGCUGCUACACAAACACAGGUCUAUCUUGGUGAGGAGGAUGUGUAGUCUGAUGGGGACAGUGUUCAUGCUGCGCUGUGUCACUAUGUUCGUCACCUCACUGUCAGUACCAGGACAACACCUGCAGUGUACCGGCAAGGUGUAUGGGGACAUGUGGGCGAAGCUGCAGAGGGCCGUGGCGAUAUGGAGUGGGUUUGGAAUGACUCUGACUGGAGUUCACACCUGUGGUGAUUAUAUGUUCAGUGGACACACCGUCGUCCUCACCAUGCUCAACUUCUUCGUCACUGAGUACACUCCCCGGAGCUGGAACUUCAUCCAUACUCUGUCAUGGGUGUUGAAUCUAUUCGGGAUCUUCUUCAUCCUGGCGGCUCACGAGCAUUACUCCAUCGACGUCUUCAUCGCCUUCUACAUCACCACGCGUCUCUUCCUGUAUUACCACACGCUCGCUAACACGCGCGCCUACCAGCACAGCCGCCGCGCACGCAUCUGGUUCCCCAUGUUCUCCUUCUUCGAGUGCAACGUCAACGGCCCCGUCCCCAACGAGUACUGCUGGCCCUUCUCCAGACCCGCGCUGCUCAGGAGACUCAUCCGAUAACACACACACACACACACACACACACACAGUAUGUGAAUGGAGUGAUGAUGUACAUAAAAGACACUGAAACUAUGUUUAUGACGUAGUCUCCAAAAAACACGCCGUAUUCACUAUAUAAGCCACAUAAUCACUAUGGGCGCGUCUCAAACCACACGCCCUAUGUACUACACCACUGUCUGUCCACAGCGGGCGCGUUUCAAUCCACACACCCUGGUCACUAUAUAGUCCACAGAAUCGCUACCGCUGUGGGUGUGUAUUAUAUAAAGCACGCACCUGUAAAGUCAACAUUUUUAGUUUGUGCUGCAUGACAUUUGUUUUUUCCAGAUUGCUCAGGAUUAAAGGUGCAAUAAGCAUAAUUAUCCACUUAUACUGGAAGGAAAAAUUAAAGCUGCGCUCAGUAGAUCUACAUGAUGAUGCUAGUUUUGUGUAAAAACUUUAUGGGGACAUUUUAACAAAAUUCGAAGACCAAUCAAAAAUCUAGAAAUAAUGUAAAUAUGAAUACAUGAAGUGAUACGAAGCUAAAAUGAUUCAUGACAAAAAAAAAAAAAAAAAAAGCGUAACUAGUUUUAAUCAGCUUUAAAUGAAGAAUUCAGCUCUGUUGCAUUAUGGAGAGUUAUAUUUAUUUAACAUUUAUGGAAGGAGUCUCCAGUGUCAGCACUUUGAAAAUGUUUUCUGACAUCUUUAGGACAGAGGAGGUUCUGACGUGUUGUUCUUUAGUAAAUAGAAAUGUGUAAUCGUUGUAGUAGAAGAGGAAUAAAACACUUUGGGACACGCUGUACAAGGAAAAUAAUCAACUUUGGGGUGGUAACAGUAACUCCAUCACACUCUACGGGCUUGGAUUGUUUUCCUUUAUCAGCAUGACACCAACUGUUUUAUUCUUUACUUAAUAAAUAUAGAAAAAAAUAAAGUUCAGAAACAUUUUUAUGAGUAAAAAUUGCCUAAAAUAAUCAAUAAGAAUAUAAAAAUAAUAACUACAGUCAUUUAUUUGUUUGAAAUCUAAAACCACUAACCUGAAUUAUGUUCUAAUGAUGAUUUUUCUGUAGUUGGGCCGCAGAUUAAAUGCGAAUAUUGUACUGAUUGCACCUUUAACAGAAGCUGUUCCUCGCAGCUCAGCUUCAGCUCUUUAGUGUAAAUCUGUGUAAAUAACAACAAACUUUCUAAAGCAAUAUGAAACAACGCUUCCUCGACUAGUUUACACUUUCACACUCUUGGCUGAGGUUCAUUAUUAUUGCCAUGUGUGUCAUUUGUGCAAAAAAAACA